UUUAUAGGUAUUUCAUCAAGGGGCCAAGGAGAAUGAACUUGUUUGCGCUGUUUGCCUUUGUGGUCGGUGUAACCGUGACUACUGGCCAAAUAACUCCUAUUGAUGGAAACUGGACUGAGUGGACGGUUACAACCGGAAAUUGUUCAGCGUCAUGUGGAGGAGGAUCUAGAACCAUAUCCAGGACCAGGACCUGCACCAACCCUGCUCCCAGCAACGGCGGAGCGGACUGUGUGGGAUCCGCAACCGGAGAUUAUUUAGAAAAUUGCAACACUGUUGGAUAUCCUGUUGACGGAAACUGGACUGAGUGGGCGGUUACAACCGGUGCAUGUUCUGUACCCUGUGGAGAAGGCUCUAGAGCCAUCACCAGGACCAGGACCUGCACCAACCCUGCUCCAAGCAACGGCGGAGCGGACUGUGUGGGAUCAGACAGAGAAGAUGAUACAGAGACUUGUAACAGUACAUGUCCAGUUGGUGAUCCAUGCGAUGGGUGUCGGUAUGACAAUGGUGUGGGAUACAUGCCUGACGAGACGGACUGUGCCCGUUUUUACCAGUGCGUGCGACCUGGGACAACCGUUUCAUCCCACCACAAGACCUGCCCCCCUGGUCUUUACUGGAACCAAGGAGUCCUGGUUUGUGAUUGGCCGGCUAACGUCCAAUGUACCGCAGGAAGUGUAGCUACCACAUCCUCCACAGUGCAAAAUAACGUACCUUCAGCCUGCGAUGGCUCGAUCAGGGGUUCGUCUGGGGAUCCGGCGAAGUAUGAGAAACUUGACCAUGGUAUUUGGACUGAAAUGCCCUGUCCUCCAGGAACUACAUACUCGAGCACCACCUGCACCUGCGUCAGUGGCGGGUCGCUAUUGGCAGCAGUUGACGGAAACUGGACUGAGUGGACGGUUACAACCGGAGAUUGUUCAGCAUCAUAUGGAAGAGGAUCUAGAACCAUAUCCAGGACCAGGACCUGCACCAACCCUGCUCCCAGCAACGGCGGAGCGGACUGUGUGGGAUCCGCAACCGGAGAUUAUUCAGAGAAUUGCAACACUGUUGGAUAUCCUGUUGACGGAAACUGGACUGAGUGGGCGGUUACAACCGGUGCAUGUUCUGUACCCUGUGGAGAAGGCUCUAGAGCCAUCACCAGGACCAGGACCUGCACCAACCCUGCUCCAAGCAACGGCGGAGCGGACUGUGUGGGAUCAGACAGAGAAGAUGUUACAGAGACUUGUAACAGUACAUGUCCAGUUGGUGAUCCAUGCGAUGGGUGUCGGUAUGACAAUGGUGUGGGAUACAUGCCUGACGAGACGGACUGUGCCCGUUUUUACCAGUGCGUGCGACCUGGGACAACCGUUUCAUCCCACCACAAGACCUGCCCCCCUGGUCUUUACUGGAACCAAGGAGUCCUGGUUUGUGAUUGGCCGGCUAACGUCCAAUGUACCGCAGGAAGUGUAGCUACCACAUCCUCCACAGUGCAAAAUAACGUACCUUCAGCCUGCGAUGGCUCGAUCAGGGGUUCGUCUGCGGACCCGGCGAAGUAUGAGAAACUUGACCAUGGUAUUUGGACUGAAAUGCCCUGUCCUCCAGGAACUACAUACUCGAGCACCACCUGCACCUGCGUCAGUGGCGGGUCGCUAUUGGCAGCAGUUGACGGAAACUGGACUGAGUGGACGGUUACAACCGGAGAUUGUUCAGCGUCAUAUGGAAGAGGAUCUAGAACCAUAUCCAGGACCAGGACCUGCACCAACCCUGCUCCCAGCAACGGCGGAGCGGACUGUGUGGGAUCCGCAACCGGAGAUUAUUCAGAGAAUUGCAACACUGUUGGAUAUCCUGUUGACGGAAACUGGACUGAGUGGGCGGUUACAACCGGUGCAUGUUCUGUACCCUGUGGAGAAGGCUCUAGAGCCAUCACCAGGACCAGGACCUGCACCAACCCUGCUCCCAGCAACGGCGGAGCGGACUGUGUGGGAUCAGACAGAGAAGAUGAUACAGAGACUUGUAACAGUACAUGUCCAGUUGGUGAUCCAUGCGAUGGGUGUCGGUAUGACAAUGGUGUGGGAUACAUGCCUGACGAGACGGACUGUGCCCGUUUCUACCAGUGCGUGCGACCUGGGACAACCGUUUCAUCCCACCACAAGACCUGCCCCCCUGGUCUUUACUGGAACCAAGGAGUCCUGGUUUGUGAUUGGCCGGCUAACGUCCAAUGUACCGCAGGAAGUGUAGCUACCACAUCCUCCACAGUGCAAAAUAACGUACCUUCAGCCUGCGAUGGCUCGAUCAGGGGUUCGUCUGGGGAUCAGGCGAAGUAUGAGAAACUUGACCAUGGUAUUUGGACUGAAAUGCCCUGUCCUCCAGGAACUACAUACUCGAGCACCACCUGCACCUGCGUCAGUGGCGGGUCGCUAUUGGCAGCAGUUUGCAAGGCUGAAUUGUACCUCCCGUUCAACGGCACCGUCCAGGACUAUUCCGGCUACAACGUCGCAGUUCAGAACGUUGGUGUUUCUGCUUUCUCCGGCUAUGGCAUCUUCAACAACAACAUACAACUCCGCAUCCUGCGUUUCUCCAACAUGCAUUUCGGCAACGUUCUGGUCAUCUCUUUCUUGUUCCGACAAACUCAGGCCACGAGCAACGCUCAGGCUAUCGUCACCAACGCCGACUGCGAGGAGGCGGGCAGCAUCUACAUCACCACCAGCACGUCAACAGUCUCCUUCCGUGUCAUCAACGACGGUGGCGUCAUACAUGAAUUGUCCGUGUCUUACUCAAACACCAUCGCCAUGAACAGUGUCAAGUUGACGGUUAACAAUAACUUGAUGAAAGCUGAAGUUAACAGUGUCUCCGACCAAAGAACUUUCUCUGGCAACAUCAGACGGAGCCAGUGUGCAAUCCAAGUGGGUCAUGGGAAUGGUUAUGACUUCUUCCAUGGUCAACUUGAUGAACUGAAGGUGUAUACAUGCAUCCCUACCCCUCUGCUGACCAAGUAAAGCAGCUAGAGGAUGUUGCCCUCACACUUUUAACUACUUCAUAGUAGCAUAUUUUACAUCAAUAUGAUUAUAUACCCAGUGAAACUACACAAACAGUAUAUUUUACAUGUCCACUCUGUGUUGUACAUAGUGCGCGUAAGUUUUUCAACCCGACAUGAAUUGCUAUCUUAUUUACUUAUGCACAAACUAUUACUUAUAAGUUGUUCAAUAUUAAAGCAAUCUUGCAAUA